CACGCCCACAAAAAUGCUAUUUUUAGAUAUCUAGUAAUAAACACAUGGAGUGUUAUAAAAGUCGCGCUGUCUCUCGCAAAUCCAUUCUUUCGAAGUUGGAUCUCCCAGCAUGAAGACCGUCAUUGCAACAGCUCUCGUGCUUGUGAUGGGCGCAACCUACGCCUUCUCUGCCCCAGGGAGGCAUGGGUCCGCCCUCCGACCUGCUAUGGGGGCGGAGGAACGGUCCCUUGCCCGAAUUAAGAGGAGUGUGAAUGAUCAUGACCAAAAUGACACCCGUGAGCAUGAAGUGGAAUCCCAUGGUGAUGGCAGCAACGAAAACCAAGUUCAUGACGAGGAUCACGAGGAGGGAGCCCAUGGUCAUAGGAACAACGAAAUCCAUGUUAAGGAGAUUACAGGAGAUCAUGAUGAUCAUGAUCAUCAUCAUGACGAUCAUGAUGAUCAUCAUGACGAUCAUGACGAUCAGGACGAUUAUGACGAUCAUGCUGAGCAUGACGAUCAUGAUGAUCAUGAGCAUUCUCAUGACGAUCAAGACGAUCAUGACGAUCAUGAUGAGCAUGACGAUCGUGACGAUCAUAAUGACGAUCAUGACGAUCAUGAUGAGCAUGACGAUGAAGAUGAUCAUGAUGAUCAUGAGGAUCCCGACGAUUAUGAUAAUUCUCAUGAGCCAUUAUCGUAUUAGCGACAGCAAUGAGGACGACGGGGAAGGUAACAGCGACAGCGAGAAUGUUGAUCGAUCUCCUGUUACACUGAUAUAUAACAUAUCUAAUUGUAUGUGUACAUGCUAACAGAUCAAUGUAAUCACAGAAAUGAUAAUGGUGAAAAUAUUCACAGUAUCAAAAUUCAAUUUCCAAAUUUAUAAAGUGUCGAAAUAAUCUUAUGAAAUAAAUGUUUGAAAAUAAAGGAAAAAAACUAAAUACAAAAGAUAAAUUAAAUAAGUAAAGGUUUAACUGAUACUUAAACAAACCUACUUUUCCCUUCCCUGUUUCAUUGUAUAAACAAUGUAUAAACAGUCAUCCAAUAUCAGUGUUAUUAUCCUUAUUGUGAUGAAUAAAAAAUUGAUGCAUCCA